CAAUUUUACAUACGCAGCCACACAGUGCUAUUUGCUCACACAGAAAAGACACAGAAAAGAAGACACAGACGAAGGUUGACAGUCAUUCUGAACCAUGUUGGCGGAGGGUUUUCUCAGAGUGCUUCGUUACAGGGAGGAGAGAAAGUUUGCUUCAGCUGCAAAGCUAAAGUCAUCGCAGACAUGUGCUCAUUGUACGGCUCCGUCCAACUGUGUUACCUCAGAUACAAACUCUGCAGGCCAACAGACUGACCCACCUGAAGCAGGUCCAAACCAGGAAGAACUUGACCCCAACCAGUUCCAGGGACUGAGAGUGAUGCCUCAUGGUCCUGUUGGCCUCUCAAUCCCAGGGUAUCCACCUGGCCUCACCCUGGAUCCUGACAUUGCAGUUUGCUUAGAUGAUUGCAGCCUCCUGGAACAGUAUCCAGACCUGCAGGUGGCUGACUCAGGCCGCAUCCCCCACAACCCACUGAGACACAUCAUCGACCAGCAGGAGUUUGUGUCCGAAGUAAGCAAUCAACCAGAAUGGGCAGUUCAACAGGAACCACAAGGUGAGACUCUUACAUCGAUACCAGACCAGGGUUAUCUGGUUAUGGGGGCCAGUGUGAACAUCAGCAUGGACUUGCCCAAUUCAGGGUUAGGGCCUAUGUCUAACUCGGUGCUGAACGGCCUGCUGGACAAACAGCUGGAAGAGGUGUACAUGCUGCAUCUGACUGACAACCUUGCUCGUUGUCACUCCCACCUCGGGAACAGCCUCCUGCACGGCCUGGUGCCUCCGCCGCAGCCCAGCAGCCAGGAGCAGGGGCCCGACUCACUGGACGCCUGUCUGGAGGAAUCAUCAAGAGCUGACAGCAGCAAGAAAAUUAGUUAUUUGAGCACGCAGAACUUAGUUCAAUGCUCAUCCAACUUCAGCUCUCCUGUGCUGAGAAUUUCAGAGGCUGACAAUACUCAUCUUCAAUGAAUGCAAUCAUGCACUGUAAAAGUAUUACCUGAUGCUCAAUUAGCCUAUUAUGCUGAAUUGCAAGUGCACUUCAGACUCAGUGCAUAGUUUUAUUUUAGUUUUCUAAUAUUUACACAGAUUUUGUUUACUUGUUUGAUGAAAUGAUGCCAGAAAGUUACCUGCUCUCAUGUGCCAUCUGCUGUUAGAUUUUAGGACUACAACUCCCUAAAAUAUAUGACAUACAUGCAAUAUACAACGUAUUUUAUUCACCUGAUAACUGUGUGUGCAUGUGAGAUAUUUAUUAUACUGAAGCAAACUGUGAUCUAAUGUAAGCUGCACACUGACACUGACUUGUAAAUAGCAAUUUAACCCAUUGUAGAUGAUGCUAUCUAUCAGUAAAAUAAAAUAAUCAUUAAAUUAGUGUUUGGAUU